AGUUUCGAGAAUCUAAUAGGAAGUACCCCAAAUAUCAAAGCGAAACAUUUUCACUUUAACUCCUUAAAGACAAUAGCCGGAAAGCGCUUUGGCUGAACUCUGACGUUGAUCUCGCCGUAGGGGGAGGAAGAAAGAAGAAACGGGAAGUGGGUUUGUCGAUUACUUGGUGAAAGGAAGCAUCUUUCUCUGCUGAAAAAAGCUCUUGCCUUGUCCCGCUGAACAUGCAGCUGCAUACUCAGAUUAGGGUUUGUACUCUUUCUUUUCUUCUUAACUUUGAAUGAACUGGGGAUUGGAAUGUUUGAGUUUUUGCCACUCGUUCUUUACUUGGUAGUGCACUGUUCUAGGAUUGCUGAAUCUGUCCUCUUCCGUUUGUCGGUUACUAAAUGCAUAAUGGGUUCUUGUUCUGGCGGGGCGAUGACUGAGUCCUGAAUUCUGAUCCCACUACGGUUGCUUUGACAUUUAAAAGUUUCUUGUUUUCUCUGGUAUAACGAAUUUAACACCUCUUCUCGAUUCUGUAGCUGGAUUCUGGUUAUUGCAAUGAUUGUGCAGCAUUUGUGUAAGCUAUAAGAAGUUGUUACUUUAAGUUUCAAGUACUGGCCAGUCGGAAUCUGGUGUGGAGUUCUCCUAUCGACUUCGUAAGUUCUGUCAAAUGGUGUCGAGAAAAUGGCUCAUUCUUGUUGGCGCAGUCGUCAUUGCCCACUUGCUGGUUCAGUCCCUAUUUUUUCCAUAUGGGUACACCAUUCGGACUCUUCUACCCACAGCCCGUGAUCCCGUGUUUGAUGAAAGCAGGGUUUUCGGGAUUGGGCAAUCUGCCAUUAAGUCUGGAGUGGCUCGAAAUGCUUUAGCAGUUGAUGUAAGUGAGUUGAAGAUUGGUCUUGUUGUCCAAAAUGAGACUAAAUCUGAUGGUAUGGGAGAUAUUAGUCAUAGUGAAGUGAAAGGGCAUGGUGGAGAUACAGAGAACGGUUUAGCAUCGGAAGAAGAAAACUUGGAUGAUGAUACUGAUGAACUUGCUGUUGAUAGAGAUGUGGUUGAUGAUGAUGAUGACGACGACGACGACGUUGAUGUUCGGUUGGAGAAUGUAGUGGAUGGAAAUGAGGUUACUCAAGAAAAAGAUUCUGUUUUGGAGUUGCCCAGUGAAGCCAAAAAGGAGCUUCCUUCUGUGCAAAAUGUGACUAGCAAGAACAGUGAGGCCCCUCUAGUUUUGUCUCGAGCUGUAGCUCCAACAACAAGUGCUAACCCUUUGAAAGAAAAAGUUGUUUUUACCACUUCAAGGAAUUAUUCUGCUGGAGUUAGUAACCCUGUGAAGAAGAAGAUUAGGGCUGAGAUGCCACCAAUGUCAAUUACAACAAUUGAUGAGAUGAACCGUUUGUUGGCAAGAAAUCGCCGCUCUUCACGGGCAAUGAGACCGAGAUGGUCCUCAAAACGAGAUCGGGAGAUUUUGGCUGCAAGGUGGCAGAUUGAAAAUGCACCUGCUGUGGUGAAUGAUCGAGAUCUUUAUGCUCCACUCUUCAGAAAUGUGUCACAGUUCAAAAGGAGUUAUGAGCUCAUGGAACGCACACUCAAAGUCUAUAUAUACAAGGAUGGAAAGAAACCCAUCUUUCAUCUACCAAUAAUGAAGGGAUUGUAUGCUUCAGAGGGAUGGUUUAUGAAACUAAUGCAGGGAAGCAAGCAAUUUGUCGUGAAGGACCCCCGAAAGGCUCACCUGUUCUAUAUGCCAUUUAGUUCCCGAAUGCUGGAAUACACUCUCUACGUACGGAACUCUCAUAAUAGGACAAAUCUACGCCAGCAUCUGAAGGAAUACGCAGAAAAGAUUGCAGCUAAAUAUCCUUUCUGGAAUCGCACUGGUGGAGCAGACCAUUUUCUUGUUGCCUGCCAUGAUUGGGCUCCAUACGAGACAAGGCAUCAUAUGGAACAUUGUAUUAAAGCCCUCUGCAAUGCUGAUGUGACCGUAGGCUUCAAAUUAGGGAGGGAUGUAUCUCUUCCAGAGACAUACGUCAGAUCAGCAAGAAAUCCUCUCCGUGACCUGGGAGGGAAACCUCCUUCCCAAAGGGACAUUCUUGCGUUCUAUGCCGGAGGCAUGCAUGGAUACCUUCGUCCAAUUCUAGUCAAGCAGUGGAAAGACAAGGACCCUGACAUGAAGAUCCUUGGUCCUAUGCCUGCUGGUGUUGCAAGCAAAAUGAACUACAUCCAGCACAUGAAGAGGAGCAAGUACUGUAUCUGCCCCAAGGGCUACGAGGUUAACAGCCCGCGAGUCGUGGAAUCCAUCUUCUAUGAAUGUGUGCCGGUUAUCAUAUCAGACAAUUUCAUUCCACCGCUUUUCGAGGUCUUCAAUUGGAACGCCUUCUCGAUUAUACUCCCGGAGAAGGACAUUCCUAAUCUGAAGGAGAUUUUGGUUUCGAUACCAGCAAAGCGAUACGUGGAGCUGCAGCUCGGGGUCAGGAAGGUUCAAAGGCAUUUCCUUUGGCAUGGUAAGCCUUUGAAAUAUGAUCUCUUUCACAUGACCCUUCAUUCGAUCUGGUACAACCGCGUCUAUCAGAUAAAACCACGAUGAUGGAAGUGAAGCAUCUCAAACUCUCUCGGUUCCCAAAUAAGUUUCUGCACAAGAGUUGAUGGUUCGGUAUCCAUAUGAAUGAAUUCGUUUCUGUGUACAUAGCUAUAUAGAAAUUUUGUUUUGUUGUCUCCCUAUUGAUUUUGAUUCUGCUGGUAGUACUGUAAACAGCCAAAUAGAGUGUUGAGCAAUGAGCAAAGUGUUUGUUGUACUGAUAAGGUUGAAUGAAUGCAGAAGUUGCUCUUCUUCUUCUUUGUCCAAA